AUGUCAAAUAUUAAUACCUCUACUACAGCUGCCUCUUCAUCUACUCCAACAAUAUAUCGAUCUUCUCCAACUACCUCGAGCAAUGAUUUGAGGGAAACAAGUCCUUCACUUAAAUCACAGAGGCUUUCUUCGAGAGUUUCAAAAGCUUCAUCGCCAACAUCAAGUUUACCAACUAGAAGACCCCGUACUUCAGCGUCUUCACGCGUUGCAGGUCGUGGGGAAUCUCAUUCAUUUAUUGUUGCUAUAAUUGAAGGUCGAGGUGUUGCAAGCGAAGUUGGAAUGUGCUUUAUUGAUUUAAAGACAAGCGAAUGCAUAUUAUCUCAGACUUAUGUAAAGACUUUACAUAAAUUGAACAUUUAUAAUCCUGUCGAAAUCUUGCUGUCAGCAACUGCGGUUGAACCUUCCAAAUCAAAGUUAUGUAAAAUCCUUGAAGAUAAUAUGCCGACGGCAACUAUUGUGCCGAUUGGAAGAAAAUAUUUUAACGAUGCUGCUGGAUUAAAUUAUAUAAGACAAUAUAAUUUGGAAGAAGGUUCAGCCUUAAUACUUGGUUUGACCUCCAAAUUUUAUUGCCUUGCUGCAACGGCAGCAGUAUUAAAGUACAUUGAAAGCACUCAAAAUAUUUUUUUUACAAACCAUUCCAUCCAAUUCAAGUAUAAAGGAUGUGAAGGAACAAUGAUGAUUGAUUGUGUGACGGCUCGCAAUCUUGAGCUUAUUUGCAACAUCGUCAAUCCGCAUAAUAAUCACUCACUUUAUGGUGUUCUGAAUAGCACUUUUACUCCUAUGGGAGCUCGUUUGCUGCGGACGAAUAUUCUUCAACCAUUGAAUGGUAGUAUCAUUUUUACUUUUUAUUACAAGUCACCCUCAUUAAAAAACAAUCUUCAUUAUAAUUUAUAUGUACCCAUUAUGUCGAACAUUGACACAAUUAAUAUGCGUUUGGAUUCUGUUGAAGGCAUGAAACAUUCUUCUCAAUUCAAGCGGUUAAUUCAAGUUCCUCAAAAACCAUCUAUUAAACAUGCUGAACAAAGUAUCAAUAAUGUGAUCAUGCUUAAACAUACAUUGAAACUAAUUGAAAAAUUGAAAGAGGCAUUGGGUGAAUGUAAAAAUUCUUUGUUAUGUGCAAUACAUAAGCUUCUUUCGGAUCCGAGACUGGUUAUGUUCGAAGAACGUAUAAAUGAAGUAAUAAAUGAGGACAUUACGUAUCAAAAAAGUUCUCUUGGACUAAGAAAUCAACGUUGUUAUGCUGUUAAGGCAGGAUUCAAUGGGUUAUUAGAUGUUGGCAAGUAUAAAAAAAAUCCUCGACAAACUUACAAAGAAACCGUCAAUGAUAUAUACGAAAAAGUGGAACAAUAUAAUCAACAAUAUGAUAUUCCAUUGAAAAUACAAUUUAGUCCGACAACAGGAUUUUAUUUGUCAACUUCAGCUGAAAAUUUGGACAAUCGUCAACUUCCUCUUGUAUUUAUCAAUGUUAGCAAGAAAAAGAAAACAUUGACUUUUACUACAUUAGAAUUGAUGAAAAAGAAUACUAAAAUUAAUGAUUCUUUAACUGAAGUUUACUUAAUGUCAGACAAAACAAUCGAAGAUCUGAUCUUAGAAAUACGGGGUAGCAUUGUUGUCCUUUAUAAGGCAUCAGAAUCAAUUGCCAUGUUGGAUAUGUUAACAUCUUUUGCUCAUCAAUGCACUGUUUCAAAUUAUGUUCGUCCUGAAUUCACAGACACGUUGGCUAUUAAAGAUGGAAGACAUCCAAUGCGCGAAUUCCUCUACACUGAUCAUUUUGUUCCUAAUGACACAUACGCGAGUGACGCCACGAAUUUUCAGUUAAUAACUGGACCAAAUAUGAGUGGCAAAAGUACUUAUUUAAGACAGAUCGCCUUGUUGAGCAUUAUGUCACAGAUUGGAUCAUUUGUUCCCGCAGAAUACGCAUCUUUCAGACUGGUAGAUCAGCUUUUUACACGUAUAUGUAAUGAUAAUAACAUUGAACCCAACGCAAGUACUUUUAUCGUUGAAAUGCGAGAAACAGCAUACAUCUUGCAAAACAUAACUGACAAUAGUUUGGUCAUCAUAGAUGAACUCGGAAGAGGAACAUCAACCCAUGAUGGACUGGGUAUAACGUAUGCUAUUUGUGAAGAGCUUUUAAAAACAAAGGCAUUCAUUUUCUUUGCUACACAUUUUCACGAACUCACGAGAAGCUUAACUGUCUUCCCUAAUGUAGUAAAUUUGCAUUUGGAAGUCGAACUUGGUGAAGAAAAUAGACGAGCAGCUAUGAAAUAUUUAUACAAAGUAAAGGAUGGAAGAAAUGAUGACGAACAUUAUGGGUUAAAGUUUGGGCAGAUUGUUGGAUUACCUGAUGAUAUAAUUCAAAAAGCUACCGAAGUUUCGCAUAAGUUAAAGGACCUUAUCGAUGCUAAUAAAGAGAAAUCGUCUUCUAACAAAAUAACUCAACGUAGAAAGGCAUUACUUCAACUAUCUCAACACCUAUUGCAAAUUAAAAGAUCUUCUAACUUGGAUCAAGAUGGAUUAAAAAGGUACCUUAAAAUGGUUCAAGAGGAGUUUAUUACUAGAAUGGAAGAAUUAAUGUAA